UAACAGACCAUCGCGAUUCUAAUUAAAUUUUAUGAUUUCACAUAUUUUUAGUCGCGACAUAUUGUGAAAAAUGGAAUCUGACGCUUCGGAGUCUAACAUUUUAAUACUUACAAACAGAGACCGCUUUAAAAUAUUCACUAAGGUAUAUUGGAAAAUAAUAGUGAUAUUGAUGACUCCACUAAUAUUUUUACCGGUUGCUGUUAUAAGUGUAAAAAGUGCCUAUAUCAGUUUCUAUGUGUUUUUGGUAACGAGUGUUUACUGGAUAACAGAUGUGUUACAUCCGAGUGUGAUAGCUUUAAUUCCCAUUGCAAUGUCAUCUCUAUUGUCUUCUAUUGGAUAUGGUUUCAUAAGUGAAAUUUAUAUACGUAAUGAACUACUAGAUUGUGUUGGAGUAAUGAUGCUAAUUAUUGCCAUAGAGUACUCCCAGAUACACAGAAGGGUUGCUUUGAAACUAUUACUUAUAUUUGGAUGUUCACAUUACAGAUUAAGUUUUCUCCUAUUCUUCAUAAGUAUGUUCCUAUCUAUGUGGAUUACUAACGUAGUUGCUUGUGGUCUCAUGAUGCCGAUAGUUAAGGCAAUACUUGUCGAACUUGAGAAGAUGGGAAUAUCUGAAAUUUAUCAGGUCAUAGGGAAAGCCAGGUCGCAAUCAAGACGCCAUGAACAGAAUGUUCCAAGGCCGACGGAUUUCACGGUUUUUUAUUUUCUCGGUGUUGCCUACUCUUCUUCAAUAGGUGGCAUGGCAACCAUCAUGGGGAGUCAGACUAACCAAAUAUUCAAAUUAUAUUGCGAGCAAAUAUUCCCAGCGUCACCGAAGAUAGAGUUCCCUCAUUUCUUACUGCUCAACCUGCCAGGUGUGUUGGUUAUGGAGACCCUUCUGUAUCUAUGGAUGAACUUCUACUUCCUUAGGAUGUUCAGAUCACGAAAUGGAACAGGCUUAGAAAUAUCCUUAACUGAAGAGGAGGCACUAUUCGUUAACGCUUUGCUCACAGCACAAUACAAACAAUUGGGCAGGAUUAGGUUCCAAGAAAUAGUAAUCGGAGUUCUUUCACUUUUGACUGGUUUACUACAAGCCACAGUCGGCGUUACUUAUAUAGAAAGUAAAGAACAUUCGUUACUACAUAGAGUAUCGUCGCCAUGCUAUUUAUGCGUUGUCUUGUUAUUCAUGCUGCCGGUUAAUUUGGACUUUAUUUCCUUCUUUAGAAGAUCUAAUAACGAAACACGUAGGAAGCAUUUGCCGAUUGGUCCUACGAAAGCGUGUUUAAAUUGGCCAUUAAUAAACAAUAACCUGCACUGGAACGUACUCUUCAUUAUAGGCGGCAGCGGGACUUUAUUUGAAUCGUUAAAAGACUCCAAAAUGACUGAAGAGUUGGAUAAGUUCCUCCUUCUUUUCCAAGGAUGGUCGGCGCCGGCGGUAGUGCUUGUUGUAAUACUCUACUCCAAAAUCCUCACGGAGUUCGCUUCUAAUUCCUGCGUGGCUUACUGCCUACUCCCAGGAAUGGCUAGACUUAGCGUGGUAUGCCACAUGAACCCUCACUGCCUGAUGAUGGCGAGCGCGCUCGCGUGUGCCUUGCCGUUCCACCUAGUCACUGGGUCUCCUGUCAACGCUAUAGUGUGCGCCUACAUGCACAUCCCGCAUUGGAAAAUGAUGCGUGCCGGCAUCGGUCCCUCUAUCAUCAGCAUUUUGGUGGUGUGGUUUACCAUCACAGUGUGGUCCACCGCGGCCUGGACUGACAUAAACUUGGACCCCGCGUGGGCUACAUACAAUAUGUUUAAUAUUAAUAUACAUCGCCUAACAUGAAGUCAUGUUAGGCGAUGUAUGUCUGGUUUUAUUUUAAACAUAAGAAUGUGUGAAGAACCAAAUAUUAAACCAUCGACAAGUCUAGUUUUUAGUUUUUUCCGUAAAUAAACGUAUUUACAGCUCUUUUCAAUAAACGAUCAAAAUCUUCAAUC